CCCAUUCAUUUUCGCAUAUCCAACUUUCUCACCCCAACAAAAGGUCCGAAGACAGUCAACAGACUCGGUUGAAUGCUUGAUUAGCAGAGCUAACCUCUCUCCCCUCCCAUGGCCUCUUCCCUUCGAAGGCUUCUGUCUCUCUGCUCCUCUUCACACAUUAACAGGACCGCAUUUUCAGCUUCUGGAGUUCGAGAAGGUUUUCUUGGGUUUGGACCAAGCUUUUUUCGGGGUUGUAGCGUGAUUGCUUCGUCUGAGCAAACUGUAUCGAAAUUGGGUGAUGAAGAUGGUAGGCAAGCUGAGGCAGAUACCUUAGUAGUUGAUGAUGAGAUUGCGAAAAUUCAGCAUGAGUUUGAUGCUGUCAGACAGGGCUUUCAGAAAAUUCCGGAGGCUCUGAAGGCAAUGCCUAAGAUGAAUCCGGAAGGCAUAUAUGUAAAUAAGAACUUAAGAUUGGACGACAUACAAGUUUAUGGCUUCGACUAUGACUACACAUUGGCGCACUACUCUGCAAAUUUGCAGAGUUUGAUUUAUGAUCUUGCAAAGGAACAUAUGGUGAAUGAGCUUAGGUAUCCUGAAAUUUGCAUGGAAUUCAAAUAUGAUCCAACUUUUCCCAUUAGAGGCCUAUACUAUGAUAGGUCAAAAGGGUGUCUUCUGAAGUUGGAUUUCUUUGGGUCAAUUGAGCCAGACGGGUGCUACUAUGGUCGUCGCAAGCUCAGCAGGAAGGAAAUAAUAGAGAUAUAUGGCACACGACGCAUAGGCCGUGAUCAAGCCCGUGGGCUUGUUGGUUUGAUGGAUUUCUUCUGCUUUAGUGAGGCCUGCCUUAUUGCAGAUAUGGUGCAACACUUUGUUGAUGCUAAGCUGGAAUUUGAUGCUUCCUACAUCUAUCAAGAUGUAAAUCAUGCCAUCCAGCAUGUUCACCGAAGUGGCUUGGUUCACAGGGGAAUUCUUGCUGAUCCUCAUAGAUACCUAGUUAAGAAUGGGGAGCUACUACGCUUUCUCAAGAUGCUAAGAGACAAGGGAAAAAAACUAUUCUUGCUGACAAAUUCUCCGUAUUACUUUGUGGAUGGAGGGAUGCGUUUUUUGUUGGAGGAUUCUACGGGUUGCAGAGACUCUUGGAGGGAACUUUUUGAUGUUGUGAUUGCACAAGCCAAUAAGCCAGUGUUCUAUACGUCUGAGCAUCCAUUCCGCUGUUAUGACACAGAGAAUGACACAUUAGCUUUCACAAAGGUGGAUACUUUUCUUCCAAAUAAAAUAUAUUACCACGGAUGCCUCAAAUCUUUUCUCCAAAUAACAAAGUGGAAUGGCCCAGAGGUGAUAUAUUUUGGGGAUCAUCUGUUUAGUGACCUGAGAGGUCCCUCGAAGGCUGGUUGGCACACUGUUGCAAUCAUCCAUGAACUAGAAAGUGAAAUACGUAUACAAAAUGAGGAAAGCUACCGUUUUGAGCAGGCAAAAUUUCAUAUUAUACAGGAACUUUUGGGUAAAUUGCAUUCAAUUGUAGCUAAUAGUAACAGAAGUGAAACAUACAAGUCACUUUUGGAGGAGCUUAAUGAAGAGAGGCAAAAGGCACGCAGUAUGAUGAAGAGAAUGUUCAAUAGAUCCUUUGGAGCUACGUUUCUCACAGACACUGGCCAAGAAUCUGCUUUUGCCUAUCACAUUCAUCAAUAUGCAGAUGUGUACACCAGUAAGGCGGAGAACUUCUUAUUCUAUCCUCCUGAAGCAUGGCUUCAUGCACCCUUUGAUAUCAAGAUCAUGCCACAUCAUGUGAAGGUUCCGUCAACCUUGUUCAAAAACAAUUAGAUAAUAUUAUCGUGAAUCCACUAUUUUUGGAUUGUUCGUUGUCAGACAUGGCAAAUAACGUACGGUUGCUCAUUCAACUGAGGAUUUUGCAGCGUCGUCCUCUAUUCUUUCUAUUAUUUUUCUUGUCUCAAAACAACGUCAUGUAUACGAACGUAAAUAUUUGAUUAUUGGGAGGAAAAAAGAAAGAUGAAUUUUGUGUCUUAAAA